AUGGCCAUCGCAACUGUCUUUCAAGCCAUAGAGACAACGGUGAUUUUGUCAUUACUGUUGACGGUCGUUGGGGCUGUCCGGCGGCUCUACUUCCACCCGUUGGCGCAUAUUCCAGGGCCAAAGCUGGCAGCUCUGACCUGGUGGUACGAGUUUUAUUUUGAUGUUGUCCAGCCUGGGCAAUAUGUAUUCCAUAUCCAGGAGCUGCACAAGCAAUAUGGUCCAAUUAUUCGCGUCACUCCAGACGAACUACACGUCAAUGAUAUUGGCUUCCUCGACACGGUAUAUGCGCCGUCAAUGAACCGCAGAGACAAGUACGAGUACCAAUUAAGAAGCUUGCGAGUUCCCGGCGGCGUAGGCACGACAGCCAGUUAUGAUGUCCAUAAAAAACGUCGUGAAGCUCUUAGUCCUUUCUUCAGCAAACGGAAUGUGUUAUAUUUGGAGUCGUUGGUCACCAAAAAGGUAGAACAACUGUGUCAAUUGAUCGCGAAACAUGCCGGUGAAGGGACACCCGUAAAUCUAUCAGAUGUCCUUUUCGCCUUUUCAAAUGAGUAUAAUUUCGACAUUGUUACCACAAAUUUUCUUUUCGCCCAACAGAGCGACAAUCUUGCAGAUGAGGCAAAGGCCGCUACACUCCGCCACAAUAGCAAUGAGCUUCUACUAGGAGUACACCUCAAUAAGCAUUUCCCAUGGAUUCCAGAUUUCCUGGAGUCUCUUCCACUAUCUAUAAGCAAGCCAAUGAUGCCUCCUGGGCUGGUCGACUUGCUGGACCUAUUCGAGAGAGUUCGUACCGAACUGCUCGCUAUCAUGAAGGCCAAAUCGUCGGGAAAAGUUGGCGAAAAGCCCGUGGGUCCAACGGGGAAGGAGUCAGUCUACGACUCUGUUCUUGACAGUUCCGUCCUCCCGCCACUAGAAAAGUCAUUACUUCGUCUUGAGCAGGAGGGUGCACUCCUUGUCCUCGCUGGAACCGAAUCGCCUGCCAAAUCCCUUCUGAUCCUCUUUUACCACAUUCUAGCCAAUCCCUCAAUCCUCAGCAGGCUUCGCAACGAACUCAACACGGUCCCGGCAUCUGCCUCCUGGACCCAGCUCGAGCAACUCCCAUAUCUCUCAGCUGUCAUCGAGGAAGCCAACCGCCUUUCGUUCGGUGUCACGGCACGAUUAGCCCGCAUCGCAUAUGAACCCAUCACCUACACUCCAUCCUCUUAUGUCACCACCCCAUCUAGCACCCCUAAAUCCUACACGCUACCUCCCGGCACACCCGUCAGUAUCACAACCCUCAGCGCACACACCAACGAAACGGUCUUCCCAGAUCCUUUCGCUUUUGAUCCGGAGCGAUGGCUUGGCGAGAAGGGCCGCGAGCGCCGUAAAUUCCAGUUCGCCUUCAGCAAAGGAGGCCGCAAAUGUUUGGGUAUCGAGCUGGCAGGAGCAGAGCUAUAUCUCACGACAGCGGCGCUGGUUAGGCAGUUUGACAUGACUUUGUGGCAAACUGAUGAAACUGACGUGGGGUUUUACCAUGAUUAUCAGGUUGCAACACCGAAACUGGGUUCGAAGGGAGUGAGGGUUAUGGCAACUGCGCUUUAA